GUCUGGAUUUUAUAUGAGCGGAAAAGGCGUCAUUUUCAGAGCAGAAAAUAGUGGGACGAGUCUUACGGAGGGACGGGGGGUUGGAGCGGAGAUAAGGGGACCCAUAAAAGCGGCGUAACAACAACAAGAAGAGGAAAAGCAUUUUUCUCCCCCUCUCUUUUUUUUAUUUUUUGUUUCAAAAAAAAAAGCCCCGUACUUAUUUUCGAACCCGCGGGGAGGCGUAAAGACGCGGCGUGGGCGAGCGUCUUUAAAACGAGAGCUUUCCGCGAAUGGCAUCAUUAUUAAUUCAUAUCCGAAUACGCGCUUUAAAGGGGACCGAGCGACCGGCGGCUUGACUCCUCGGGCUCAGGAGGGAGCGGGCUUUUGAGCCGAGCCGCCCGCGUUGUAUGUUUGCCGCACAGCCCGAGCGAUGCGGCGGCGCGGCUGCGAGAGACUCGUCCGCCGAGGAAAUAACCGAGCGCCGGCGAAGCCAGACGGCAGCCUCGUCAACGUUUUUUCCUCCACCGCGAUCUCAAGACCCGCUCCUCAUCUGCAAUGAAUCUCUAAUCCACCCAACACAGGCGAUGGGAUGAAAAUGCGACGGCACAGAGUGUUCUUGCUUUGCACAGUGGGUCUGUGUGUCAUCUCCUUCCUGCACUACUACAAAGCCCUGCACUACGUGUCCCUGCUGCGGGAGUUGUCCGCCCCCUACCCCAACAUCAAGUCCUUCAUCAUGGUGUCCGGCUUCUUCUGGAGGGACGGGGCCACGCCCCUGGCCAGCGCGCCGCCCGAGGAGGCCCUGCCCCGCCGGAAUAAAAGAGACAGAGCAGAUUUGGUGCUAAUUGGCUCCUUUUCUCAGUUUGAAAUGUAUUGGCACAUAGUUUCUGCUUGGGUCAGCUGGGUUAAUUAUGUCCAAGCCUGGGAAUCGUGGACUUUUAAAGCUUUACCCAAAAUAUCGUCUCCUCCGCAGGAAAACUGGAUCCAAAAGCAGAAUCGUAACCUGGCUCCGGAUCUCCAGAAAAACAAGGAACUGCCACGAAUGACCCUCCCGGAUCCUAGAGGGCCCCUGGGAGACCUCCACCGCCGCAGUUUCGAGCUCCGGGACGAUCCCAACCACUACUUCGUCCACACGAAAGCCGGGGCCCUGUGUUUCCGGCAGGGCACGGAGAUGGCGGUCCCGAAGUCCGCAGACGACCGCGCGAAGGGUAGUGCACGGAAGAUCUUGGAGCAGCCGGAGCUACAGGGAGGAGGAGGAGGAGGAGGAGGAGGAGGAGGAGGAGCCAAGCCCAAGAGGGGCAAGCGGCUGGUGAAGUGUGUGUGCCGGCCCGGUUGGCACGGCCCGUACUGCGGGGUCCCCACCAUGGUGUACCACUCCAACCUGCCUACCAAGGAGCGCCUGGCCCCGCGGGAGGUGCCCCGGCGGGUCAUCAACGCCAUCAACGUCAACCACGAGUUCGACCUGCUGCAGGUGCGCUUCCACGAGCUGGCCGAGGCCGUGGACCUCUUCAUGGUGUGCGAGUCCAACUUCACGGCGUACGGCGAGAGCCGGCCCCUCCACUUCCUGCACCGCUUGCUCAACGGCACCUACGACUACGUCCGGCACAAAAUCCUCUACAUCUUCCUGGACCACUUCCCCGAUGGGGGGCGGCAGGACGGCUGGAUCGCCGACGACUACCUCCGCACCUACCUGACGCGCGACGGGAUGAGCCGGGUGGCGGGGGUGCGGCCGGACGACGUCUUCAUCAUCAACGACGCGGACGAGAUCCCGGCCAAGGAGGGGGUGCUCUUCCUCAAGCUCUUCGACGGCUGGACGGAGCCCUUCGCCAUCCACAUGCGCAAAUCCCUGUACGGCUUCUUCUGGAAGCAGCUGGGCUCGCUGGAGGUGGUGUCGGGCUGCACGACGGGCAUGCUACGCGCGGUCUACGACAACGACGGCAUCAAGCUCCGCCGCCGGGAGUACUACACCAUGCCGGGCUUCCGGCGCUACGAGAACGAGACCGGCCACAUCCUGGUCCAGUGGUCCAUCGGCAGCCCCUUCCACUUCGCCGGCUGGCACUGCUCCUGGUGCUUCACCCCGGAGGGGAUCUACUUCAAGCUGGUGUCGGCCCAGAACGGGGACUUCCCGCGCUGGGGCGACUACGAGGACAAGAGGGACCUGAACUACAUCCGGGAGCUGAUCCGCACGGGGGGCUGGUUCGACGGCUCGGUGCAGGAGUACCCUCCCUCGGACCCAAAGGAGCACAUGUACGCUCCCAAGUACCUGCUCGAGAACUACGACCGGUUCCGCUACAUGCUCGAGAACCCCUACGCCAAGCAGGGGAAACUGUCCGGAGGGUAAGGGGGGAGUUACACAUGCACUUAACCCGGAAGUAAACAUCAUGUGGAAGAGAAGCGGACAGCUGUUGUCUCGACCCAGGCACGCAGGGGAGGAUUCAGAGACCUCUGUUUUUUUGCUGGCCCAGCCUCCCUUUAACCUCCUCGUCAUGGUUUUCCCUUCCCGCGACCACAAGUACAAAAUCGGACUUUGGCGGUGUGCGUCAGUGAGGGCGAGGGAGUUAUCGGUGGCGUCUGGGCUUCGCAUCGGCCGGGAAGGCGGGAGGGGUACGUCGGAAAGCAGGCAAUGGCGCCCAUGGAGUAUGAUAGCUUAUUUUGUUUCUUUUCGGGGACUGGCGGUUUAUCACAGACCUCCGUUGGACUUGUUGGGUUUUUCUUUGCCCCCUUCUCGCUCUCCCCCUGCUGCAUCCACCCGCCCCUUCAGCUGAGCAGGGGGUCGAAAGGGUCGCUGGCACUGACAUCACUUCCUGUUUCAGAGCCAGUGGCGCGUGCGUGCGUGUGUGGCUGUUUUGGCAUGGUUCUCAUAGCACUUUGGGGGGUAGUGGCUGCACUUGCAGGGUGUAGACCUUAGGAAAAUGUUUUAGUCAGUGUGUCGGGAGGGGGGGUGGGGAGUUGAUUCGUGUUGCCAGAAAGUCAGCCAACCCCACUCCCGAAUCCUGAGACCAGAGCUAAAGUGUUUGUUUUUCAUUCAUUCAUUUCUCCUUUUGGUGGUCAAAGUCCAGCAGGUUGCAUUGGUGUGGCUCAAGAGCUGUGACACAUCAGGUGACUGUAGGCAAUACCAGUGGCCGGUCAGAGUCGGGGUCAAGGGUGAACCGGCCAGAGUGGCGAUACGGUCUCUCGACUGAAGGCCCAGGCAAGCUGGACUUUUCUGAGCUGGGAGAAGGUGAAUCUGAGGGAUGCGCGUCGCCCGGUGGAGGGCGAUGGUGGUGAAGUGUGUGUCUCGCUCGUCCUGCGGGGUGCGUCACCCGUAGGAGACGUGGGGGAGGGAGAGGGAACAGCCCUGCUGUCCGGGAAGAUUAGAACUCCAGGAGCUGUGGGGAAAUCGCAAGCGUCUCUUCUGCCUUUUUCCCCCCUCACUGUCCCCCUCCUCCUUUUCUUAUCCUCUGUGGCUUCCUGUGAACCGACCGUCUGCGUGCUUGCUCGUCCCCUCCUGCGCAGAUGAUGCAAAACCCUUCUAAUAAUAAACCACGAGAUGGGA